AUGAUCGAGAAAUUCCACGUAGAAAUCCAAUUCACUGAAGCCAUCACCCAAAUACCAUCUUAUGCUAAAUUCUUAAAAGACAUCUUGACCAACAAAUGUAGGCUUGAUGAUCCCAAACCUAUAGAGUGCAACUUCAUUGCUGAGAAUAAACUUGCUAAGAAGGAGAAAGAUCCUGGAAGCUUUUCCAUACCUUGUAUUUUAGGGAAUCAUGUUAUAGAGAAAGCAUUCCUAGACUUGGGAGCAAGCAUAAGCUUAAUGCCUUUAGCAGUUUGUAGAAGAUUAAACCUAGAAGAAUUGCAGCCGACUAAGAUGUCUCUUCAAUUAGCAGAUAGAUCUGUAAAAUAUCCAAUAGGCAUAUUAGAAGACAUGCCAGUUAGAAUCGACCAACUUUAUAUCCCAACAGAUUUCGUGGUAAUGGACAUUAAAGAAGACGACGAAAUCCCAAUCCUCCUUGGUAGACCUUUCUUAUCAACAGCGGGAGCCAUAAUAGAUGUUAAAAGAGGAAAAUUAACUUUUGAAGUAGGUGAUGAAAAGAUAGAAUUUAUACUUUCCAAAUUCCUAAUGGCACUAGUCAUAGAAGACUUAUGUUAUGCCAUCGAUAUCAUCGAUGAAUGCAUAAGGGAGCUUGAUCAAGAAGGACCUUCGGAGACAAUGAAUAUUCCCUCGACUCCCAUAAGAGAAGACGACGGAUUUGGAAUGGAGCCUUACAUGGAUAAAAACCUUUAUGAAUGCUCAGCACUUACCCCAACCAUAUUCCAUGUCCUCAGAAACCAUCUAUAG